AUGAGGGCUAUUGUGGCCUUGUUGGUGGUUAGCUUGGCCUCGCCAUCCGUGUCCAUAUCGGACAGAUGGGCGUCACCGGUACUUCGAAGCGGCAUCCAGUGCACGCCUGCGAUGCAUCUCAAGGGAGGUUGCGGGUUCUUGGGGGUGUACGGUUCUACCUUGGAUCACAACACUUUGAGGAUGAAGAUUCUUCAGCUUUCCCGUACGAUCCGCCACAGAGGACCUGACGGCUCUGGAAUCCACAUGAUCCCUCUUGAGAAAGAUGUGCCGGGAUCAAGAAUAUCUGCUCUCGGCCAUGAGCGUCUGGCUAUUGUUGGAGCGAUGGACGAUCCACAGGAGAGGAAGGAGGCAAGGGUAGGUGACCACCAACGUCUGCACACGCUGUCAGGAAACCAGCCCCUGUUCUCCCACGAUAGGUCCGCGGCGCUGGCGAUCAACGGAGAAAUCUACAACCACGAGAAGCUGAAGCCCCUGUUGAAGGACAAGACUGACUUCAGAACGAAGUCUGACUGUGAGGUUGUCGUUCAUCUUUACAAGGAGAGAGGCGAUGAGGUUGCCUCCCUGUUGGAUGGAGACUUUGCCUUCGCCAUUGCCGGAGACAAGGGCGAGUUCUACGCUGCCAGGGACCCCAUGGGAGUUGACUCCAUGUACAUGGGCUGGGGAGCUGAUGGGUCCGUGUGGUUCGCCUCAGAGAUGAAGUGCCUUGUCACCGAGUGCAAGAAGAUUGAGCAGUUCCCCCCCGGACACUACUGGUCGCACAAGACGAAGCAGCUUGUCCGGUACUACAACCCCAAGUGGUUUGGAUUCGAGGCUGCCCAACAGAAGUUGAACUUGGACCUCAUCCGCACCACCUUCGUCGAAGCGAUCUCCAAGAGGCUCAUGACCGACGUUCCCUAUGGCGUUCUCCUCUCCGGCGGCCUCGACUCCUCGCUCGUUGCCUCUUGCGUUGUGAAGAUGUGCGACCUGGCAGGAAAGCCUCGGCCUGCCACCUUCUCGAUCGGGUUGAAGGGUUCCCCUGACCUCUUCAAUGCCCGCAAGGUGGCUGACAUGCUCGGCACCGAGCACCACGAGUUUCACUUCACCGUGCAAGAGGGUAUCGAUGCUGUGCAGGAUGUGAUCUACCAUCUCGAGACUUACGAUGUCACCACCAUCCGCGCUGGUACCCCCAUGUUCAUCCUUGCUCGCAAGAUCAAGGCCAUGGGUGUGAAGAUGGUCUUGUCAGGGGAGGGAGCAGACGAGGAGCUCGGAGGUUAUCUUUACUUCCACAAGGCUCCCAACGCACAGGAAUUCCAUGAGGAGUGUGUGCGCAAGCUCCAGGGUUUGUACCUGUACGACUGCUUGAGGGCGAACAAGGCGACCAUGGCGUGGGGGCUGGAGGCUCGAGUCCCGUUCUUGGACAAGGACUUUCUGGACGUGGUGAUGAACUUGGACGCGUCGUUCAAAAUGAUCAAGAAGGGAGAAAAGGAGCAGUUUAUCGAAAAGUGGGUGAUGAGGGAGGCGUUCAACAAGCCCGAUUCCAAGGGAGAGAUCUACCUCCCCAAGGAGGUCCUCUUCAGGCAGAAAGAGCAGUUCUCGGACGGGGUUGGUUACGACUGGAUCGACGGCCUCAAGGCGCAUGCCAAUCGAGUGGUGGAUGACACCAUGUUCGCGUUUAGAGAGCACAGGUUCCCCUACAACACCCCGGGAACGAAGGAGGCCUACUUCGCCAGGAGCAUCUUCGAGAGCUUCUAUCCUGACGAGACUUGCAUCAAGACUGUGCCAGGUGGACCCUCAGUCGCUUGCUCGACUGCCAAGGCCGUGGAGUGGGACGAGGCGUGGAAGCAGGCAGCAGCUGCAGGCUCCAUGUUGGAUCAGUCCGGAAGAGCUGUGGACGUGCACGACUCUGCCGCCAAGUGCUUCUAA